AACAAACACCAUGGUGUACACCAGUCACGAGACAUUCUAUAUGUGAUGUGAGCCUUUGAGCCUUUGAUGUGUAGAAGAAUUUGGGGCACCGGGAGAUGGUACACAUCUAUAAGCCCAGUGCUUAUGUGGCUGAGGCAGGAGGAUCACAAGGGUUGUUCCACAUGUGCAUGCAUGUGUGUGUGGUGUGUGUGAACACAUGUAUAUAGAUAUGCUCCUGCGAGCAGAAGCCAGAAGACAAUGUUGGAUAUCCUGUUCUAUCCUUUUCUGCCUUUUUCCUUUAAGGUCUCUCACUGAGCUUAGAGCUUGCCAGAUGUACAGCAAGUCCAGCAAGGAUUAUGAGUUGGAGGUCAGUUUGGGCUGCAAUACUUUGCAAGACUUUGUCUCAGAAUCAAAAAUAAAAGCAAACGUUCCCUGGAUGUGAUACACACAUUUAGUCCCCUCACUUGUGAGGCAGGGGGCCUAAGAACUUGGUUUAGAUUGGAUGUUUAUGAGACAUGACCUCAUGAAGUCCAAAUGGCCUUGAACUCCUGUAGCCAAGGAUGAUCUCGAACUCAUGAUCUUCCUGCCUCGGCCUCCCAAGAGCUAUGAUUUCAGGUGCUUUGCACACCAAGGAACCUCUCCUGAUCACCAAACACGGGAUCCUACAAGGAAAGCAAGUGCAUGUGGGAGACACACCCAUCCGAGUCUUCCUGGGAGUCCCCUUCUCUCAACCUCCUGUGGGCACACGCAGGUUUGCUCCUCCAGAGCCCCCGCUACCCUGGAACGGAAUCAGAGACGCCACCACCUACCCACCUUCGUGCCUUCAGGAAUCCUGGGGGCAGAUAACAUCCAUGUACUUAAACACGCGGAAACAGUACGAGUGGCUGCAUUUCAGCGAGGACUGCCUUUACCUGAAUGUAUAUGCCCCAGUACUCGCACCUGGGGACCCUCUGCUGCCGGUGAUGGUUUGGUUCCCUGGAGGUGCCUUCCUCGUCGGUUCGGCUUCCACCUAUGAAGGCUCAGAGUUGGCGGCCCGUGGGAAAGUGGUGCUGGUGUUUCUUCAGUAUAGGCUGGGCAUCCUGGGCUUCUUCAGCACGGGCAACAGCCAUGCCCGCGGGAACUGGGGGCUACUGGAUCAGAUAGCUGCUCUGCGGUGGGUGCAGGAGAACAUCGAAGCUUUUGGUGGAGACCCGGACAGUGUAACACUAUUUGGCCAGUCGGCAGGAGCUAUGAGCGUCUCAGGACUGCUGAUGUCACCUCUAGCCCAGGGCUUAUUCCAUCAAGCCAUUUCCCAGAGUGGUACUGCGGUACUGAAAACCUUCAUCACUCACGAUCCACUGAAGUCAGCCAAGAAAAUUGCUCACCUGGCUGGCUGUGACCACAACAGUACGAAGAUUAUGGUAAAAUGCCUGAAGGCUCUACCGGCAGAGAAGGUGAUGCUUGUUUCCAAGAAGAUGACAUUCUUCCGUGCUAACUCCCAUAAAGAUCCAAAAGACAUCGUGUGGUUCCUGAGCCCAGUGGUGGAUGGUUUGGUGUUCCCAGAAGACCCUGUGGUGCUCCUGACCCGUGGGCAGGUUAAACCUGUACCCUACCUUCUAGGUGUCAACAGCGCGGAGUUCGAGUGGUCCUUGCCUUUUCUCAUGAAGCUCCAGCUAAAUCAGCGCAUAAUGAACAAAAACUACAUCACCAAACUACUCUGGAGUUGCAGCAUUUUGCUGAAUAUCACUGAGGAGCAAAUCCCACUGGUGGCAAGAGAGUACUUGAGUGAUGCUAUCAGUCACCACGACUGGAAGAUGUUCCGAAACCACCUGAUAGACCUAGUCGGAGAUGCCACCUUUGUCUAUGCCACACUCCAAGCUGCGCGAUAUCACCGAGAUGCUGGCUCGCCUGUCUAUCUGUAUGAAUUCAAGCACCAUGCUCCAGGCAUCAUUGUCAAACCUCGAAGUGAUGGAGCAGACCACGGAGACGAGCUUUCCUAUCUCUUCGGGAGCCCUUUCUCCAAAGGCUCAUCCAGAGGUGAGGAAAAGGAAUUCAGCCUCCAGAUGAUGAAAUACUGGGCCAACUUUGCUCACACUGGGGAUGGCGAACUCUACAGGUACAAAGCCACCGAAGCCCAACUUGGAACUGGAGCCUGGCUUCUGGCUUCUGAAGUCAGGGCCCUCCUUUUCUCUGACACCUCUACACUGAAAAGGAGCAAUUAACAGCCAAGCAGGCUGGGAAAGGACCAAUCAGUGUUGGGAACAGGGAGCUUCCAAGGUUCCUGCUGACUGCUGGCCCUGCAACACAACUGACUCCUCGAGCACCAGGCUGUCUCCGACUACCCAGAGCGGGUCUCAGCCUUCUCCGCACACCCACAGCGCCAGCUGCCUGGUUGCUCCGGGGACGAGCCAUCUGGCCUCUCGCCAACUGCAGUGAUGGAUCCCGUUGCUGGCUCCUGUCCAGAGCCCGAGCGGACAUCUGGGCGCCUGGGCCUGGAACUUGCAGCGACAGGCUGGUGGCUGAACAAAAUGAUUUAGACGCGCCGCUGGGAGGACUCCUGAGCCUCCCACCGUUUGUGCCUUGGAGCCAGUCAUCAAUUCAUUCUACAGCAGCGAGAAUGUUGGGACAAUACAACACAAUCUUAGGACUGCCACUGAAGUGCCUGGUGAAUUCUAGCUUUUCCAGGGCCCUCAUCAUUUUCUCUGGGUCUGGGUUAGCAGUGAGUAAACUAGUUCCCUCAU